CCUUACUCUUCUAUUCUGUCCGAAACAAACAAACAAACUUAAAAGCAAUCAGUGGCAAACUUUUAAUUUUGUCCUAUGGUAGUAGUUUUUCUCUCUUUAUAUCACACCACCUUCUCUUCUAUCUAGCUACAGAUUCUCUAACAACCACUAAAAUUCUUUCAUUUUUGUUAUCCAAAAAGAUGAAACGCAUUGAUAUCUUCUGUGCUUCACAAGCCUCAACAGCAAUAUGUCUUAGCAUGGAUCAAGCUUCAUGCUCCUCUUCCAAUACCAUUCAACUUGGUGGCAGAGUCAUUGAUCGCCACAACCCCAUUAUCAAUGAUUCAAGAAGAAAAAGUACUUCUAAAACUCUCAUUGCUCCUUGUUCUUCUUCUUCUCAGCCACCUAUUGAACCCAAGAAAAAAAUCUCUUCUUCUACUUCCAAGCUAAAUAAUGGUACUAAAGUUUGUGAGGAGAAGAAGAAAAGUGAAGCAGAAAAGGUUGCUGAACAUGUCACUAUUAAAAGGAGAUUGGUUAAACCACUUGGUGAUUCAAUCACUCCAUUUGGUUCAACUAGAUCUUUGCUUAGUCACACACCAAUCUUUGAUGGUUCAUCACAUUAUCAUCAAAUUGUUGGUCAACAUGAAUCCAACCCUGCAUCUAAACUCUCUAGAUCUUCCUGUCCAAUAUCUGGUUCCUCAGAUCAGGUUGUAGUAUUGAGGGUUUCUUUGCAUUGCAAAGGGUGUGAAGGGAAGGUGAGGAAACACCUCUCUAGAAUGGAAGGAGUUACCUCGUUUAACAUAGAUUUUGCUGCAAAGAAGGUGACAGUAAUUGGGGACGUCACUCCAUUUAGUGUUUUGGAAAGCAUAUCAAAGGUGAAAAAUGCACAAUUUUGGCCACCAGUUGGAUCUCACAUCCAAGAAACAAAAUUCAAAUAAUAAUAUUGUCCUUCAUCUAUGCUUUCAUGCUCAUUUUAUUAUUGCAAAACCAAGAUUACCUAUGUCUUUCAAAAUAAAUUUAUAAUGAAAUUUGCAUGCAUUUCUUUUAGUAUAAAUAAUAUAAUACUUUUUAAA